GCGUCCUCGCUAACUUCAGCCAGUCUCUCCCCGGGACUUUCUGCAGGAGGCUCCCGUCUGCCCCCACGGUUCACUCCCCUCGCCUCCGACAUGGAGGCCUUAGGGGGCUACCCCGCUAAGUCCAGCAGCCCCAAAGCGCGGACUCUGCGGGUCGUGGUGAGCAUGACGGUCGGCGUGGGCUGUUUGCUCCUCCUGCAGACGCAGCUGAAUCCGAGGAAACCCGCGGACUUCUACGCGUUCGCGGUGAGGGACGCGAAGGGGAGGCCGGUGUCCCUGGAGAAGUACCGAGGAAAAGCGUCUUUGGUUGUAAACGUGGCGAGCCGCAGCGAGCAGACGGAGGCGAACUACGUGUCGCUGCAGGAGCUGCACCGGCAGCUGGGCCCCUCUCAUUUCAACGUGCUGGCCUUCCCGUGCGGACAGUUCGGGGACACGGAGACCGGCACGAGCCGGGACAUCGAGGCCUUCGCCAGGUCCACCUACGGCGUCACCUUUCCGUUCUUCAGCAGGAUCAAAAUAAUGGGCUCGGAGGCUGACCCGGCCUUCAAGUUCCUCACAGAUUCGGUGCAGAAAACCCCCAAGUGGAACUUCUGGAAGUUCCUGGUGAACCCAGAGGGGAGAGUGGUCCGCUUCUGGCGAACAGACGAGCCCGUGGACAGCGUUCGCCAAGAGGUCACGGCCUUGGUGCGAGAAAUCAUCCUGAAGAAACGGGUGGAGCUAUGAUGGUCCGACGAGACAGCGGACGUGCGCCUGUUCGAGUGUGUCCUUUCCUUCUAAAGGAAACCACUGAACUCUGAAGUGUUACAGCCGGCCCGGUGGGUUGGAACACGCUGGAGGAAAAGAUUCCACUUCAAGCCCUUGAAGUGCGUGGUAGUGUGUGCGUGUGUGUGUGUGUGUGAGAUAGGUAGUGUGUGUGGAGGGGGGUUGUGAGACCUUCCUGCGGUUAAUAAUGACAAUCACAAAGGACGUUCCUCAUCAUGACCACUGCUGAAGGGUUGUUUAGCCAUUAAGGUGUAUUAUUCACUACAAAUGAUUAGUUUAAUGUGUUCUUUGUAUCAUCUCUCUGGUGUUUACACUAAAAUAUCUCAUGGAGGAGCAUAAACCACUUUGACUGAUUUGGCCCAGAAUAUUCAUCCAUCCAAAAAUAAAAUUAAGUCGUGAUAUAGCUAAGGAGUCGUUUGUUCAGGUUUUAAAAGCUAGAAAAAUGCUUGGAGCUAAUUAGUUGAUGUUUUAAUGCAAUAAAAUGUUUUUGCUGUA